AUGGCACCUUUAUCGGAUACAGCGUUGGCAAACCAUUUGCUGAAGCGCGAUCUCACUGUCAACCAUACCCAGGCUGUCACUCUAGGGGUGAUGGCUGCCUAUGUCGUCGCAAUCGCACUGCUUUGGAACUUGCCGUAUGUGCGCUGGUCUUUGUGGCCUUUUAAGAUGCUGGUCAUCGCCUUCCACGAAUUCGGCCAUGCCAUAACAGCCUGUUGCACCGGCGGCCGAGUCAAGUCCAUCUCCCUCGAUCCUCACGAAGGUGGAGUCACCCACAUGCAGGGUGGAAUGUCUGCAGUCACACUCCCUGCUGGCUACCUUGGUUCUUCGAUCAUCGGUGCGCUGUUGAUCUUUGCCGGCUUCGAUAUUGUCGCGAGCAAGGUCGCUAGUAUCGUCUUGGGUGUCUGUUUUCUGCUCACGCUUUGGUGGGCACGAAGGGACUGGUUAACCAUUGUUACUGUGUUGCUUGCAGUUGGGUUAUUGGUGGCUUGUUGGUUUAUUGCGCACGGAGAGGCAUUGAGAUGGGUGGUGCUCUUCAUCGGCGUCAUGUCAGCACUCUAUAGCGUUUGGGAUAUCUGCGACGAUCUCAUCAUCCGGAAAGUCAAUACUUCGGACGCCAGCGUCUUCGCUGAGAGAUACGGUGGUUCGUCCCGAUGCUGGGGUAUUAUUUGGUCAUUCAUCUCUUUGGCUUUCAUGGCUGUGGGUAUCAUUGCUGGUAUAGCUGCUUUCCCGCAGUCUUUCGGCGAACAGCAAGCUGCUUCACAGAAGUUUAUACCUACGCGAUGA